AUGGCCGCCCCAGCCCCUCCCCAAAUCGUAAUCAACGAUCCUGCCACCGCCCACCUUCCCGCCGACGAACCCACACCCCGAGUCAACGGCCACUCGGCCCCCUCCGCCAAACCCAAUCCCCCCACCAUCGACACCUCAGAAACCACCACCUCCGCCGGCCGCACCACCGGCGCUCCCCUACCAACCUCCAAACCGGUGCUGAACCGCACCAACAGCCUAACCACCACCCCAGCCGACUCCGCCUCGUGCUACCUCUGCGACGAGCAGAACCCGGGCGACUUCAGCCCGACGACCAAACACCUCUCAGCCUGCCUACUGUGCAGCCGCUACUUCUGCCUGAUCCACCAAGCGCCCUCGCAGGAAGGCGUCUGCAACAUCAACCACAGCAGCUACUACCACGACAUGCUGCUCGAGGCCCGAGCUGUGCUCAAAGCGCAGCAGCAGAGCGAAACUACCCCCGACGGCGACUCGGCGAGCCCGCAAUUGGAAGGUCGCACGCUGGCCGAGGUGCUCAUACAGGAGGGGAUCUACCCGAGUCUGGGCGAGCGGGAGAAGGCCAUUUUCGCGACGAGUCCCGUCGACAAGCAGAAGCAGCGCGAGCUGGAGAGUUUUCGCAGCUUGGAUGCCGCGGUGGCCAAUGGGGGUGUGAGGGGGGAGAAGGGCAGUGUCGAGGUCAAGGAGGCCGUGGGGGCUGAUAUUGCGAUUUGA